UACCGUGAUAGGUUGUCACCUGUGCAAUAAGUCCAUCCAUGAAAUAUUCCACAGUCAACUGUAGUGGUAUUAUAACAAAGUGGAAGCAACUGGGAACAACAGCAACAAAGCCACGAAGUGGUAGGCCACGUAAAAUGACAGAGCGGGGUCACUGUGCACAUGCUGAAGCGCACAGUGUGCAGAAAUCGCCAACUGUCUCCAGAGUCAAUAGCUAAAGACCUACAAACUUUGUGUGGCCAUCAAAUUAGCACAACAACAGUGUGUAGAGAGCUUCCUGGAAUGGGUUUCCAUGGCCGAGCAGCUGCAUCCAAGUCUUACAUCACCAAGUGCAAUGCAAAGCGUCGGAUGCCGUGGUGUAAAGUACGCCACCACUGGACUUUAGAAAACAGUACUUGCCUGACUGCAUGUGCCAAGUGUAAAGUU